UGCUAUAUCGUAUCAUUUAGUUUUUGAGUCUCACAAAAUUAACACGUCUUUCUGUUCCGUUUUCCGAAUUUAUUUCUAUAUAUAUGAAUAUAUAUUUUAAAAUAUCAAAAUUGGAAAAAACAACUAAAACCUAAGAAUAAUCGUAAUACAGUCCUCUAUUCAUCUAUAUAUCCGAUUCAAUUUUGUGCAUGUGUGUGUGUGUGAAUGUCUGAUCAACUGAGCAUUCCGAGCAAUCUGCAGAAAAUGAGCAACGCGAUGAGCGAGGAGAAGGAGAAGAACAUUGUGUGCCACAAAUGCAACGAGGCAAUAACGAAGCGUGUGAUCACCGCAUUGGGCAAGACAUGGCAUCCGGAGCACUUCUUGUGUCGCCACUGUGAUGAGCAGAUCGAGGAUGCUACCUUCAACAUCCAGGACGGCGAACCGGUCUGCUCCAAGUGCUUUGUGGAGCGAUACACGAGCACUUGUGCCGGCUGCAAGAAGCCCAUCAUGGAGCGGACCAUCUGUGCCUUGGGCGAGAACUGGCACGAAUGCUGCUUUGUUUGCGAUGGAGCCUGCAAGAAGCCGCUCUCGAAUUGCCCGUUCUACGAGCGCGAUGGCAAGGCCUACUGCAAGCAGGACUACGAAGAUCUAUUUGCAGUGCGUUGUGCCAAAUGCGAGAAGCCAAUCACGGACAGCGCCAUCGUGGCCAUGAAUGCCAAAUGGCAUCGCGAUUGCUUCCGCUGCAAUCGCUGCGAGAAUCCAAUUACCUCGGCCACCUUCACCAUCGAGGGCGACAAGCCCGUUUGUCCCGAAUGCACUUGCUAGAAGAAAGCGAAGGAUCUGCAAAUGGAUGCCCUAGUAUACAGAAUGAUUAAUAAAUUAUGAUUUGUUUAUGCAUCUAUAGUUUAAAAGUGGAGCGACAACAUAAAAACAAACAAGAAAUAGUAUCUGUGCCCAUGCCAUUGAAAUUAUAAAUGUAACUGCGAGACCCUCAA